AUGCCUUCAUUAUACUCUAAUACAUCAUCUUCCUUGGUCAAUGUUUCGUGCCGUUCUUCUGCUUCUCUCUCGAAUCGACCUGUCCGGUAUGCAGUUCUUGGUGCUGGCUUCGCUGGGUUGUCUGUAGCUUGGCAUUUGCUCAAUCACAGUUCCAAGGAAUUGGAUAUGUGCAUUGAUAUUUAUGAUCAGGUUGGCAUUGGUGGAGGUGCCUCUGGAGUUGCUGGUGGACUCUUGCAUCCAUACUCCCCAAAAGUUAAGCUACUUUGGCGGGGCGCAGAGUGCUGGAAAGAGAGUUUAAAUCUUCUUAAUGUUGCUGAGGGUGCUCUAUUUAAGCUAGUAGACAGGGGAAAACAAGUCUCUCCGUCAAACAGUGAACCUUCCAUAGUCAAGAGGAGAGGAAUCCUAAGACCAGCUGUCAGCUCGAAGAAUUUGGACCUAAUGAUUGGUAAUUCUGAGAACUGCUAUACCAGUUGCAGAAUCGAGUCCAUUCAUGAGGAUGCUGCUCAGAGUCUUGUGCCUGAUAUUUCUGUACCAUUAAACUUGGCAUUUUAUAUGCCCGAAGCCCUGAGUAUUAAUUCUCAAUGCUAUCUCGAGGCACUGUACCUAGCAUGUGAAAAUCUAGCAGAAGAGAUGUCCAUGGUGGGUGUUGCACGGAAAGAACUGUCUUUACACAAGAAAUCUGUUGAGAGCCUCUUAGAACUAGCAGGGGAAUACGAUGCAAUUAUUAUUUGUCUAGGUGCCAGGGCAGCCUUUUUACCAGAGCUCUCGGGAAGGCUCCCGUUGCGGAUGUGCAGAGGUUUAGUUACUCACUUGCAGCUUACUAAUGAUAUCAGAAAGGAUUAUCCGUUACAUAGCCCCUCAAUCUUGUCAGACGCGUGGCUCUCUGUACAAGGCGCUCGCAGUAUACAUAUGGGUUCAACAUGGGAAUGGAAGUCUUCAAAUUACUCAAGGGACGUUUCCGUGGAGGAAGCCGCUAAGGCGAUGGAAGUGCUUCUACCAAAAGCAUCUGCUGUGUACCCACCCAUUAAAGAAUGGACAAUAACUGGCGCAAUGGCAGGACUAAGGGCGAUGCCUCCACUCACUGCAGAUGGAUCACUUCCAAUUCUUGGUUGUAUAGAUAACUUGGUAGGUGGUGGUAAUAAUGGUGGUUGCAAGUACUGGUUGUUUACAGGGUUAGGGGCAAGAGGUCUGCUGUUCCAUGGGUGGCUUGGGAAGCUCAUGGCCCAGGCCGUACUUUCCUGUGAUGAAGGUUUGAUCCCGUCUGAGUUGACUUCAUGGAAGUACAAUAUGCAGCAGCAAUAUUCAUUGUUAUUAAUCCUCUCUGCAAGAUUUUUCAGAUCCAUGGAUGAGAGUUUAUAUGAUGAGUUUGGUAACUACAUUGGACCAGAAAUCGAGUCUGAUCAGGAGAGCGAUAGGGAGGAGGAAGAUGAGGAACUUGAGGAAAGAGCUGAUGAUGCGAGGCCCAUGUCGGAUGAUGAGCACACUCCUGGGAAAUCAAAUGGCUGGCUAACUACUACUGAUGAUGUUGAUAUGGACAGUCAAAUUGUCCUCGCUGAGGACAAAAAAUACUACCCAACUGCCGAGGAGGUUUAUGGUGAGGAAGUUGAGACAUUAGUCAUGGAUGAAGAUGAGCAGCCAUUGGAGCAACCCAUAAUUAAACCUGUCAAGAAUCUCAAGUUUGAGUUGGGGGUUAAGGACUCAUCAACCUAUGUGUCAACACAGUUCCUUUUGGGUCUUAUGUCAAAUCCAAAACUGGUUCGGAAUGUUGCUUUGGUGGGGCACAUACAUCAUGGAAAGACACUGUUUAUGGACAUGUUGGUGGAGCAGACACAUCAUAUUUCAACUUUUGAUCAGGACAGUGAGAAGCAUAUGCGGUACACAGAUACAAGGAUAGAUGAACAGGAGAGGAAGAUAUCUAUUAAAGCAGUUCCUAUGUCACUGGUUCUCGAGGAUAGCUGUUCAAAAUCUUACCUUUGUAACAUCAUGGAUACUCCUGGUCAUGUUAACUUUUCAGAUGAAAUGACUGCUGCUCUUAGGCUUGCUGAUGGUGCAGUGUUAGUUGUGGAUGCUGCAGAAGGAGUGAUGGUAAACACAGAGAGGGCUAUUCGCCAUGCAAUUCAAGAGCGCCUUCCCAUAGUUGUUGUGAUAAACAAGGUUGACAGGUUGAUAACUGAACUGAAAUUGCCCCCAAAGGAUGCUUACCAUAAGAUAAGGCACACUAUUGAAGUUAUCAAUAACCACAUAACUGCUGUCUCUUCAACUGCUGGAAAUGUCCAAGUUGUUGAUCCAGCUCUUGGAAAUGUUUGUUUUGCGAGUGCCAGUGCAGGAUGGUCUUUCACACUGCUGUCAUUUGCUAAACUAUAUGUCAAACUCCAUGGCAUUCCUUUUGAUGCUAAUAAGUUUGCUUCUCGUCUUUGGGGUGAUUAUUACUUUGACCCUGAUACCAGAAGUUUCAAGAAGAAACAACCUGCAAAUGGAGUGGAAAGAUCUUUUGUCCAGUUUGUGCUCGAACCUCUUUAUAAAAUCUACAGUCAAGUGAUUGGAGAACAUAAGAAGAGUGUGGAGGCUACUCUUUCAGAACUUGGAGUGACUCUCAGCAAUGCAGCUUAUCGGUUAAAUGUUAGGCCUCUGCUUAGGUUGGCAUGUAGUUCAGUUUUUGGGACUGCCACAGGUUUUACCGACAUGCUAGUUCAACACAUUCCAUCUGCUAAAGAAGCAGCAGCGCGGAAGAUUGAGCAUAUAUAUUCUGGGCCUAAGGAUUCCACAAUUUACCAGGCUAUGGAAGAUUGUGAUCCUUCUGGUCCUCUAAUGGUUAACGUGACCAAACUGUAUCCUAAAUCUGACUGCAGUGUUUUUGAUGCUUUUGGUAGGGUCUACAGUGGUGAAAUAAUGACUGGUCAGACAGUAAGGGUGUUGGGAGAAGGCUAUUCUCCAGAUGAUGAGGAGGACAUGACCAUGAAAGAAGUUACAAAACUAUGGGUUUAUCAAGCUCGUUAUAGGAUUCCUGUAAGCAGGGCCCCUCCUGGUUCUUGGGUUCUCAUUGAAGGUGUAGAUGCUUCAAUUAUGAAAACAGCUACACUGUGUAAUAUGGAGUAUGAUGAGGAUGUGUACAUUUUCCGACCACUUCAAUUCAACACUCUCCCUGUGGUGAAAACAGCUACUGAGCCUUUAAAUCCAAGUGAAUUGCCAAAAAUGGUGGAGGGUCUUAGGAAGAUCAGUAAGAGCUAUCCUUUAGCAAUUACAAAGGUUGAAGAAUCGGGAGAACAUACCAUUUUAGGUACUGGAGAACUGUACCUGGAUUCCAUAAUGAAGGAUCUUAGGGAGCUUUACUCAGAAGUAGAAGUAAAGGUUGCAGAUCCCGUUGUGUCAUUCUGUGAAACGGUUGUUGAGUCCUCUUCUAUGAAAUGUUUUGCUGAAACGCCUAACAAGAAGAAUAAGAUUACCAUGAUUGCUGAGCCACUGGAGAGAGGACUUGCUGAAGACAUUGAGAAUGGUGUUGUAAGCAUUGACUGGCCUCGGAAAAAACUUGGGGACUUUUUCCAGACAAAAUAUGACUGGGAUCUGCUUGCUGCGAGGUCCAUUUGGGCUUUUGGGCCUGAUAAGCAGGGACCUAAUAUUCUAUUAGAUGACACGCUCUCAAGCGAAGUUGAUAAGAGCUUGCUGAAUGCUGUCAAAGAUUCAAUUGUUCAGGGAUUCCAGUGGGGAGCUCGAGAAGGACCUCUCUGUGAUGAGCCAAUUAGAAAUGUAAAGUUCAAAAUAGUUGAUGCAAAGAUUGCACCCGAGCCAUUGAAUCGUGGAACUGGUCAGAUCAUUCCAACAGCCCGACGUGUGGCUUAUUCAGCUUUUCUCAUGGCAACUCCUCGGCUGAUGGAACCAGUGUACUAUGUUGAGAUUCAAACACCAAUAGACUGUGUCUCUGCCAUAUACACAGUCUUAUCACGCAGGCGUGGGCAUGUCACUGCAGAUGUUCCACAACCAGGGACCCCGGCAUACAUUGUUAAGGCCUUUUUACCAGUCAUUGAAUCAUUUGGUUUUGAGACAGACCUGAGGUAUCAUACCCAGGGCCAGGCAUUUUGUCUUUCUGUAUUUGAUCACUGGGCAAUUGUCCCUGGAGAUCCCCUCGAUAAGAGCAUCGUAUUACGACCAUUGGAGCCAGCACCAAUCCAACAUUUAGCUCGGGAAUUUAUGGUCAAGACAAGGCGUCGUAAGGGAAUGUCUGAAGACGUAAGUAUUAACAAAUUCUUCGACGAGGCUAUGGUGGUAGAAUUAGCUCAACAAGCUGCUGAUCUGCACCAACAGAUGCUGUAG